AAAUCAUAAUCAAAUUUCAUCUAUAAAAAAGGCAUAGCCACACAAAGUGGAAUUCACCAAAUCAAUAAGCUUAGAGAGAGAAAAGUGUUAACAAACUUUUAAGUAGUUGAAACAUGGCAGGUGAGAAGGAAACGAUUCAAAUGGCAAGUGAUAAGUACAGGCAAUUCCUGCAUGAAGAUCGUGCUGCUGCAGGAACCAUCGAGUGGAGACAUGGUGGCCCUCCUAUUUAUGACACUGUAAAUAAUCUCUUUGAACAAGGAAGAACCAAGGUUUGGCCAGAAGGGUCUCUGGAGGAAACAGUACAAAAUGCUAUAAAGUCAUGGGAAAUGGAGCUUUCUCACAAGACUCGUGCAAAGGACUUUAGGACUAUUAAUCCUGAAAAAUUCAAGCUCUUUGUUAAUGGGAGAGAGGGACUAUCAGCCGAAGAGACUUUAAAACUAGGAAGUUACAAUGCUUUAUUGAAGAGUUCAGUGCCAAAUGAAUUCAAAUACUACAAAGCAGAUGAAGAGACCUUUGAAUCGUCUCACGAUGCUUUUCGAUCAGCUUUUCCAAGAGGGUUCGCCUGGGAAGUGAUCAACGUGUAUACAGGGCCACCUAUUGUGACAUACAAAUUCAGGCAUUGGGGUUUCUUUGAAGGACCUUUUAAAGGACAUGCACCUACCGGUGAGAUGGUCCAGUUCUAUGGCGUUGGAAUAAUGAAGGUUGAUGAAACUCUUAAGGCAGAGGAUGUGGAGAUAUACUAUGAUCCAGCUGAACUUUUUGCUGGACUACUUAAGGGUCCACCAAUUUCUGAGUCUAACAUUGGGCAACAAGGCCAUGAUGAUAAUACCACCACUCAACACUGCCCGUACAGCCACAACUAAUUAUAUCAAAUUUCAACUCAUCUUUGCAUGUUACUCAACAUUUGGUACUGUCCUCGUGGGUCCUGUUUUAAUAAAUUCUAUGCAGCUCUUUAUGUUUUUUCAGUCAAAUCAGACUUUCUUUACAUUUUUUUGAGACGAUGACUGUCUUUCAAUCUUCGUGUAUAAACUAAGUUCUCGAACCAUCAAGAUUAUGGACAAUGAGAACAAGUAAAACUAAAUGAUCC